AAACAGUUAACCCCAUCAACUCUUCUGUUAAUGUUAAUGGUAGAAGAAGUAUUUUCUACUCUUGCAAAAUCCUUAACAACAAUAGCUAAACGAUAUGCUCGUCAGGUUCAGAGGCAAAGCAGUAGCUGUAUCUCAAUAUUUCUAUUCAACAAGUGCAACCCCAGCUCCUGCCCCGACACAUUUCUUGGUAAAAUACCUGGUUAAUUCUCUAGGAUUCUCCAAAGAAGAAGCAACCUCUACAUCUUCCAAGGUAACUUCAUGGAAAUCCUUAAAAAAUCCCGAUUUAGUCCUCAAAUUCUUGAAACAAUCCGGUUUGGACAACACCCAGAUGAAAAAAUUAGUUUCUAGCGUACCCAAAUUGCUAUUCUAUGAUUUUCCCAAAACCCUAAAACCCAAAUUCCAGUGCCUUAUGGACCUCGGGCUAUCCGGGUCGGACCUGGUGAAUGUAAUCACUAAAGAUACAACAAUUGUUGAAAGAGGUUUAGUUACUCAUUUAAGACCUACUAUUGACUGUCUUAGGAGAACUUUGGGCACUGAUGAAAAUGUAGUUAAGGCUGUAAAGAGAACUCCAUGGUUGCUUUCUUUUGGUGCUUAUCAUAUUAUGGAGUCUAAUGUAUUGUUGUUGAGAAACUGUGGUGUUUCUGAUGUGAAAAUAAAAACACUUGUCCUUAGGAAUCCUAGGUACAUUACACAAAAGACUGAGUGGGUUAAGGAUUUAUUGCAUAGGGUGGAGAAGGAUUUUCAGGUUCCGCUUAACUCCCCUAUUUUUCCUUAUGGAUUUCAUACGUUAGCCUCACAAAAGAAGUCUAGGUUGGAAAAGAAGAUUGAAAUUUUCAAGAGUUUUGGAUGGUCUGAUGAUGAUAUACUCGUGAUGUUCAGGAAAUUACCUUAUUGUGUAGCACUCUCAGAGGUUAAGAUUAAGAAAGCAUUGAAUAUUUACAUGAAGGAGCUCGGUUUUGAACCUGCUUACUUGGCUUCUCAUCCUUCAAUUUUGGUCUAUAGUUUGGAAAAAAAGGUGGUACCUCGGGUGCAAGUCUUGAAAAUUUUGGAUGAAAAGAAGGUUGAGAGGAGAAAGUUGGAUCUCUAUUAUGUUCUGAGCCUAACAGAGUCGAAGUUCAUUGAGUAUUUUGUGCUGCCUUACAAGGAUCGGAUACCUGAAUUGUAUGAAUCAAACAACAAAACUGUGGCUCCUUCUUAAAAUUAUCAGUUGUAGGCCAAUACAAUUUUUGCUCUUCUUUUUUCAGUUUGUAUUCUGAAAAAUAUAGUCCGUGUUGCCAAAAAUCAUUUCUGUAUCAUUGCCUUUUUAUUUUUUCAUUUCCAACUUAAUUUACUUCCUAGUAACCUGCAUGUUUUCUAGAGAAAGCAAAAAUAUAUUGUUUCUUUCAGUUAACAUUUGGAUUAGUGUGUAUUCGUAGCCAGGGACGAGAGGCUAUGGGAAGAGAUAAGAGACCUCGUUGUUCUGGUAGUUCUAGUGGUACUUCAUCUGGAGGUAGGGGUCAGUUUGGUAGAGUCCAUCAUAGUAGACCAUCUAAUUCUACACAACACGUGGGCCGUGGAGCAGUGCCUCGACCAUCUUUCAAUACCCCAGUUCCAUCACCUUUUAGUGAUUACCUAAUAGUAUACCUAAUUCGUUAGUUCUGAAAAAUGAGAAACCACAAAAAUGGGAGGUUCUAUAUUCUCCAUUCAGUUUGGUUUCUCAAUUGUAACUCAGCCAUGUUCUUCUAUGGAGUUUAUGCCUUUGCUUAGAUCAGUGAGCCUCUUUUAAGGAAGUGGUUUGCAAUUUUCAGGAGUUAACCAGGAUAUAAUUACCAUGGUUAGAAUGGUUAUCAAGAAAUAAUUACCAUGGUUCAGAAUGUAGCUUGCUGUUUAACUCUCUCAGAGGCUACAAUCAAAAGGGAGUUGGAUUUUCUUAUGAAGAAAUUGGGAUUAAAACAAGAGAUCUUGGCUUCUGCUUCCCUUUUUAUCAAAUAUCCUGAAGAAAAGAGUCCUCUAUUAUUAUCAAGUUCUCCGCCUAAGUGAAUCAAAGUUUGUAGAGCAAUCUGUGCUGCCUUAACAGGGCUCAGAUUCCCAAUUUAUAUCUCACCCAAGAAAAUAGUACUUUUGAGGAAAAUCUUUUGGCUAGUAGGUGUAGAAAUUUAUAUCUUGGUCUUUCAUAUUCACUUUGUUUGUUGGGUAUUUUUGCUGCAAUUCAUCUCUUCAAUAGUGAAAAAUGCAUAUAUUGUAGUCAA